AUGUCGCCGCUUCCUCUGUCCAAGGCCCUCAGCGUCUCGUCGGCUGCCGAGCACAAGCAGAUCGCGUCUGCCGAGACGGCCGCGACGACCUUUGUCAACUGCCACAUCGUGGCACCGCCCUGCGAAGAGAGCGACCGCAAGCCCAUCGACUUGGUCGUCGUGCUCGACCGCUCGGGCAGCAUGAGCGGCUCCAAGCUCGACUUGUGCAAGCAGACGCUCGACUUCCUCGCGCACGAGCUCUCGCCCCACGACCGCGUCUCGCUCGUGACCUACGACACGUACGUGACGACGAACCUGCGCCUGACCAAGAUGACGCCGGCCGGAAAGGCGCUCCUCGCGUCCAAGGUCCAGGGCGUCCACGCCGGCUCGUGCACCAACCUCAGCGGCGGUCUCCUUGCGGGCCUUGAAGAAGUCCAGUCGUCGUCGCGGCCCGAUUCAGGCGAGCCCAACCCGGUGCAGUCGGUCUUGCUGCUCACGGACGGCCUUGCCAACGCCGGCAUCUCGUCGCGGAGCGGCCUCGUCGAGCUCCUCGAAGGCGUCUUGUCGGACCAAGUCCUCCGGCAAGCUGACGCGGCGACGCUUGAACAGCUGCCGAGAGGAUCGGACGGGACCGCCGCAGGUUUGUAUGGGCGUGACACACCCUUACUAGUAUCUCUUAUAUACCCUUGGUUAUUCCCUUGCUGCCGAUGGACGUCAUCGAACUCAUCGCGAUGCAAGUGGCAUGUCCUUCGAGCCUCUCAGCGCUGCUGA